CCGCCCCCGGAGGGAGAGCCUGCACGCGCCGCCCCGCGCUGACCGCGGCGGGGAGACACCUGGGCCGCCCGCCGAGCAGAAACGCCGGCACCCCGCGGAGGCACAGGAGGCUCGCGGCGCCCGGUCCUGAGGAAGGUCACUUUUGGUGAGUCGGAGUGUGGUCCACCCUUGUAUCUCUCUUUCUGGGACCCAGAAGGGACAGUGGCUCCCUGGAGCCAGCUCUCCUUGUGCACGUGGAAGGAGUACAAGAAGCCAGCCAAGCCACACAAGCACACCCAUGGCCGAUGUUUGCAUCACGUUUGUACCAUUCCAUUGAUCAACGUCCCAUCAGGAAAAGAAUAUUCUGCCUACUCUAGAGGCAACAUGGCUGUGUAGUUCCAUUCCAGGGAGAGGGUGAAGAGGUAGACGAUGCUCAGCUGCUGUGGUGUCUCACUGAGUCGGCGAGGAUGAAAGGAGAAUAAACUCUCAGACUGGUCCAGAGAGGGAGUGUGGGAAGGCAUGACUCCGGAGGAGCAAGUGACCUGUCUGGCAAGGAAUUCCACAUCCUUCUGAGACCUUCUCCACAUCAUUCGCCAGACCACCACUUCCUCCUGGGAAAGGGCGCUCAGGGUUUUGCUGUCAGCCACCUAAAACUUUUGUUGCGCCAGCACAAGACUUUUGCUGCAGAAUUGAACGAGAUAUUUCAUUUCAGUUUUGCAUCUUUUAGUCAUCUGGGCUACAAUCAUACUUGUUUUGCAUUGAGAAUUGUAAGUCAGAUUUUUACUAUUAUUUUUGCAUGCGUUUCUCAAAAUGAUCGACUUAAGCUUCCUGACAGAGCAAGAGCAUGAGGCCAUCAUGAAGGUCCUGCAGCGGGAUGCUGCCUUGAAGAGGGUGGAUGAAGAGAGAGUCAGACAUUUGCCUGAAAAAAUCAAGGAUGACCAGCAGCUGAAGAAUAUGAGUGGCCAGUGGUUUUACGAAGCCAAGUCAAAAAGGCACAGAGACCGAAUCCACGGCACAGAUAUCAUCCGAGCGUCCAUGAGAAAGAAGAGGCUCCAGGUCGCAGCUGAGCAGAAUAAGGACAGAACAAAUGGGGCAAAGGAAAGCUGGGUGGAUAAUGUCAACAAAGAUACUUUCCUCCCCCCAGAGCUAACCGGUGUUGUAGAAGAACUGGAAGAAGAUGUAGCACCAGCCAGCCCAAGCUCCAGUUGGGCAAAUCCAGCUCCCACUAUGAUUGAUAUGUCCCGGGAACACACAAGGAAGUUGGCUGUGUCUCCAGCUAAGCAAAGGAAGAACCCAUUUAAUAGUUCCCAGUUGCCAGAUGAUCACUUAUCUCAGCACACCAAAAAUGAGCAAUGGUUUCCAAAAAAUGGAAGGACUGGUUUCUUUCAGACUUCAAAGGAGGGUGCAUUGUCACAAUCAAAAGAAAAGUUGUCUGUCCUGGAUAUUUCAAGUCAAAAGUCAGAGGAACCAAAGCAGAUUUUUCCAAGCCCUGAGAAUGGAUCCCAGAUCAAAGCUCCCAUCCCCAAAGCCAGGAAAAUGAUCUACAAAGCACAUGAUUCAAAGCAAGAUGGCCACCAGCCUUUUCCUAGGCAAAGCGCAGACUCCCUGCACCCCAGAGGGGCUCCCCGAGGAAUCCUGAAGCGCAACUCCAGUUCCAGCAGCACAGACUCAGAAACUGUUCGUUUUCCUCAGAACUUUGAACCCAAAAGCAAAAUUGUGUCACCUGGCCUAACCAUCCAUGAGAGAAUUUCUGAGAAGGAGCAUUCUUUAGAAGACGACUCCUCUUCAAACUCCCUGGAACCCUUAAAGCAUGUGAGAUUCUCUGCAGUGCAGGAUGAACCCCAGCAGAGUCCUGGGCUAAUCCAUGGCCAUGAAGUAGGAGAGUUCAGUGUUUUAGAAUCUGAUAGGUUGAAAAAUGGAACAGAAGAUGGAGGGGACAUAGACGAGUUUUGGGGUGACCCUAAAUCUUCCCAAAACAGAAAGCCUUUGUCUUCACGUCAAUCAGCUUUAAGCCCAAGGGCAUCCCAAAGUGAAGCACAUCAGCCAACCUCUUCUGAUUCUUCUCCAAUUAAUGGGUACCAUUCUCCCGCAGAAGUUUUAACUACAAGACCACCGUCCAUUGAGAAUUUGCUCACCAUCAGUGAAUACAAAGCUAAAUCAUCAGAAUUAUCAAGGCUUGAAUCAGAAUUGUCCAAAAGCCCUGCUGAUGAACUGCCUUGUGUUGAGCCUGAGCCACCUCAGGUGCCAGACUGCAGUUCUAGAGACCAUCAGCAAGGUAAGCCCCUUCUUCUUCAGGCCCUAAAAGCUAAGACAUCCUCACGCUCUGGUCCACAUACUACUGAGAUAAGGAAGACAACUGAUGAUUCCAUAUCUAAAGUCCUAGACUGGUUUAAUCGAAGUUCUCAUUCAGAUGACAAUGAGUCACUUCUCCAACAUCCUCACAGAGUAGAACCCAAAGAAAAAACAGACUCAAAACCACAGAUUGCUAUUGCCUUGGUGACAGAUGAUACCAGUCUAAAAGGAGAUGAUGCAAAGGCUCCGUUAUCCACCAAAGUUGAAUCGACAUCUGUGGGAUCUGAAUCAGCACUCCAGGUGGAAGGAAAUAUGCUGCCUUCUGAAAACUGCCAAGAUAAUAAUGUGAAUAUCAAACCCAAGUCUAUUAAUUUGUCCCGACAAGGACAAGGCAAAGAAUGUCCAGGCACAUUGCAAGCAUUUGAAAUCUGCAGUCCAAAUCAAGGAAUUAAACCUAUGGACUCUAGCCAAACAGACAAUACAGAAGGAAAUGGGGUACUUCCCCCAGCCAGUAACUAUUCCUACAGUGCUCUCAAAGGAUCUGAUGCAGAAGACCAACUUCUGAGCAACAGUAAGGAUGUUGGCAGCUUAGAUGAAGAUGAGCCCAAGCUUCAUGUAUAUGAAAAAAAAAGAGAAAACUCAAAACUGAAUUUUGAUUCUUCAAUGACUGACAAAGAACCAAGGUUGAAAGACAACAUGAAAGCAGAGAGAGUGAGUGAAGGAGGAGAUGCUUACAUCCCAAAAGCUUUGUUAGAGCCAGAAAAUAUUGUGUCCCCACCUGGGGCUGCCAAUGGCAAACCUCCUUGGAAGAAGACCGAGGCCCAACUACAGCAAGACACCCAUGAGCUUCCCAAGUACCAAGUGCAAAGAGAGAAGUACAAAAGGGUGAGUGAUAGAAUAUCCUUUUGGGAAGGUGAGAAAGCUGCUGCUAAGUUAACUCAUAAAGAGCCCAUACCCUCCUGCAGUCAGAGAAGUCCUUCUGCUGAAGCACAUCAGCCUGUAAAGCCUAUGGACAGUUUAUCUUCAGGACAGAGUAAAUAUAAUCAAGCCACUGCCAAACAAGUGGUCCUACACAAGGAUGGCCAAGCAGCCCAUCUUUCUAGUUUUUAUCCCUCAAAUAAACCUAAAGAGACCAGGCCCCAAAUAUCAGGUCCAUCCAAAAAUUAUCCUUCAGCUGACCAAUCAGGCAAAGUGUCUCUGUUCCAGAAUAAGAGACAUGAGCCUAUACAAAGAUUGCCAGUGGCAGACAGCUUGCAUUCUGGAAGGGACAUUGCUUUGCCAGCACUGCGACAUCCUUCCAAUGUUGGAAAUGAAAUACAUACUCCUUUGGAGAAAGACCAUUCCCUAAUUGGUGAAUUGAAUCCCAACUUUAAAGUUAUGGCCCUAAAAGAAAGAAUGGAUGAACCCAAUACAGAACAGAUCUAUAAUCACUCUCAAUUUGAGAAUCUGAGGAAGUUUUGGGACUUAGGAGCCAAUCCAAAUAGUCAAGAUAAUGUUGAGAAGAACACUACCAUGACAAACCAAAAAAAGUAUGUGCCUUUCAGUAGCCAGAAACAUAAAGAAUUCAGUGGCAUGACAUCAUCAGAGAAAAAUGUCCAUGAAGUAGAGAUGCUAAGCCUCCAAAAAGUUCCAGCAAGGGAGGAAAUAGAGAAAUUAAACUCAAAGUGUACAGUCGAGGUGUUGCCAGAUGAAACCACAUUUCCAUUGAGACCACCCGGAAAGUCUGCUCAUCUGUUGCCAGGAAAUGAGCCAUCAAAGGAAAAUGUGAAAACGAAUACAGAAUGGAUUGUUACUCCAGUGUUCAAGGAAGAAAAGGAUUACUCAGACCAAGGGAUUCAAGAAUCCAUGGUGAAAACAAGUGUUUUGCCUAAAGACUACAAAGACACUUUUAAUGACAGUUCACAGAAGCUGCUUUCAGAAGCUUCAUCACCAGCAAUCCAACCUUCUGAUGGAAAAGCUCAUGGAAAACCAGUGCUUGAACCAGGUGGUUCUGAAAAUAGGACAGGGUCUCAAAAGACAGAUUUUGCUAAUACUGAGGAAGAAGCCAAAGGACAUAAAGAGAUCAUUAAUGAGCAUGUAGCCAAAACAGUAGCUCCUCCAAAGUUCAAACUGGACACUUUGACUACUAGUCUAGACAAACUCCUGAAGGAAGCCACUGGAACUUUACCCUCUCCCUUGCAAACCAAGUUGGAACCUGUUACCACUAGUAACAACUCUGAACCUGAAGAGAGUAGAGUUUCUGAAAAGGGGAUAGAAUGGAGUCACAGCGCAUCAGUCUACCAGAAAGAAAUAAAAGUUCCUUUUCUAAAGGGUGAAGAAACUUUGGAAAAUACAGUUCUUCCCCCGAAAGUUCAAAGCGGUGAGUGCCAACUAAACAUGGAGAACUUGUUUCAGAUGGCUGCAGAAGGUUCUCGCCCAUUGGAUCAAACUUGCCAUCUUCACAGAAAGGGUUCUUUUGAGGAUGUGGCCACCUCUCCCCAAGAUAUGCCUUCUUCCAGCAUUACUCAUCUUGCUCCUCAGGAUAAGGCACUACAUUCUCAAAGGGAAAUCUCAGAGACUGUAGAAAAAGUCAUUCUUCCAUCCAAACCUGUAUUGGAAGAUGUAAAUGCUGUAUUACAGAAGCUACUUAAAGAGGCUUGGUUGAGUUGUCCAGUUGGGAGGGAAAUAGUUCCUGGAAAAGUAAAAGCAGAAUUUCCUGAAGGAGUACAGGCAGCAGGUAGCCCCCCAAAUUCUUUGGGAGUUAUCCCGCCAUGGGCUACAAUGAACAUCACAGUUCCAGACAGAAAGGAUUUGUAUUCCCUCAGGGUACUGCCUAAUGAAACUCAGGAAGCUGGGUCUCACUUAGCUGCCCAAAUAUCUCCAUCUGUACAGAUGCUUAGCUCAUUGGGUCUCGCUGUUGCUCAGUAUGGCAAAGAGUUACCUCAGGAAGUGGCAGAAAUUGUGAGGGAAACAAUUAUUCAGCCUAAAUCAGGGCAUGAUGAAUUCAGUGCUGGCUUAGACAAACUACUGAAGGAAACUGUUGGAACUCCCUCCUCAAAAUUUGAAAGUGGUACAGGAACUCUUUCUCCAUCAAAGGUAAUAGGUAGUACUGAGGUGCCCAGGCGAGCUGCUCCUGGAUUCCAUCCUGAGGAAAUACAAGAAACAGUUAAAAAAUCUGAGGCUCCAUCAAUAAUGGAGACUGCUUUUGAUACUGGUUUUGAGAAACUCUUUAAAGAGACAUCUGAAGCUCCUUACUUUCAGCUCCAGGUGUCAGUGAAGGAAGGAACUCCUGAGAAGGGGCCUCCACAGUCAGGGCAGGCCAGUUUCUUAGGCACAGUGCCCCAGUUUUUCUGGGCAGCCUCAGAGGCCUCUGAAAUGAAGCUUAAGAAUGUUUUCAAACCUCAAGCUGACCAAUGUGAUAAAAUGUUGGGAGGAGACAAACCUGUGACUGGUUUAUCAGUAGAUCUCUCUGGUUCUGAAAGUGGGGUUGAGAUCCCUGGAACCCCACAACUGUGUGUGGACCAUAAAAUAGGGACCAGGGGAACUAUGAAACCCACAGAGGGCAGGGAUAGUGAAAGUGAGGCUGCAGGGGUUCGAGAAGGUUCCUUUCGGGAACCUGGCUUCGAAGAGUUUCCGAUAACAAUCAGUAUGUCCAGAUAUAGGCAACCCAUUCCUUUCCUGAUGAACAGAGAAAGCCCUGCAAAAACAAGUGGAGUUGAAUUGAUCCUGGCAUCCCCAUGUAAGAGACAAGAGGAAGAAAAAGGUUUCUCUGACUCAGAUUUUUCAGAUGGAAACAUUGGUUCUAAUUCGGGAAGCUGGAGAAAUACCUCCAGUUCAGAAGAAGAACCCAGUCCUGUUUUGAAAGCUUUGGAAAGGAGUGCUGCUAGGAAAAUGCCUUCCAAAAGUCUAGAAGACAUUUCGUCAGAUUCAUCAAAUCAAGCAAAAGUAGAUAAUCUGCCAGAAGAAUUAGUACAUAGUGCUGAAGAUGAUCAAAAAGCAGAUCAGGAGCCAGAUACAAAUGAAUGCAUACCAGGAAUUUCCACAGUGCCUUCACAACCUGAUAAUCAGUUUUCCCACCCUGACAAACUCAAAAGGAUGAGCAAGUCUGUUCCAGCAUUUCUGCAAGAUGAGAGUGAUGACAGAGAAACAGAUACAGCAUCAGAAAGCAGUUACCAGCUCAGCAGACACAAGAAGAGCCCCAGCUCUUUAACCAAUCUUAGCAGCUCCUCUGGCAUGACGUCCUUGUCUUCUGUGAGCGGCAGCGUGAUGAGUGUUUAUAGUGGAGACUUUGGCAAUCUGGAAGUAAAAGGAAGCAUUCAGUUUGCAGUUGACUAUGUGGACUCACUGAAGGAGCUGCAUGUGUUUGUGGCCCAGUGUAAAGACUUAGCAGCAGCAGAUAUUAAGAAACAGCGUUCGGACCCAUAUGUAAAGACCUAUCUGUUACCAGACAAGGGCAAAAUGGGCAAGAAGAAAACCGCUGUAGUGAAGAAAACUUUGAAUCCUGUGUAUAACGAGAUACUGCGGUAUAAGAUCGAAAAGCACAUCUUAAAGACACAGAAGCUGAACCUGUCCGUUUGGCAUCGGGAUACGUUUAAGCGCAAUAGUUUUCUAGGGGAAGUGGAACUUGACUUGGAAACUUGGGACUGGGACAAUAAACAGAAUAAACAAUUGAAGUGGUACCUUCUGAAGCGAAAGACUGCACCGGUUGCCCUUGAAGCAGAAAACAGAGGUGAAAUGAAGUUAGCUCUCCAGUAUGUCCCAGAGCCAGUUCCUGUUACAGGUAAAAAGCUUCCUACAACUGGCGAAGUGCACAUCUGGGUGAAGGAAUGUCUUGAUCUCCCACUGCUAAAGGGCCACCAUCUAAAUUCUUUUGUUAAAUGUACCAUCCUUCCAGACACAAGUCGGAAAAGUCGCCAGAAGACGAGAGCUGUAGGGAAAACUACCAACCCUGUCUUCAACCACACUAUGGUGUACGAUGGCUUCAGGCCUGAAGAUCUGACAGAAGCCUGUGUGGAGCUUACCGUCUGGGACCACCACAAGUUAACCAACCAGUUUCUGGGAGGUCUUCGGAUUGGCUUUGGAAAAGGUAAAAGCUAUGAUACUGAAGUGGAUUGGAUGGACUCUACCUCAGAGGAAGUUGCUCUCUGGGAAAAGAUGGUGAAUUCCCCCAACACUUGGAUUGAAGCAAUCCUGCCCCUCAGAAUGCUGUUGGUCGCCAAGAUUUCCAAAUGAACCCAAAGUCCACGGGUUCCUUCCCUGGAAACUACUAAACAGGUAGAAUCUGAUCUUGCAAAUCUGACUUUGUGGACAAAGAUCCUUACCUUCUAUCUAUUGCCAUUAAUGAAUGCCACACAGCAUGUUCAAGUCAACCUGCAUGUACUUCUUUGGUUACAAGGCCCCAAGAGUUUAGGAAGAACAAAGUGUGUAACUUCUUUGUGAUGCUAACAUUAAAGAAGAUAUUUGAGAAAACUAAGAAAAUCGAACUGUUUCUGCUGCUUCAAAGAACAAACUGCCAAAAAUAUUUAAUGGGGGUUGUUGUUAAUGAACAAAAUUUCUCAGUUUCCCAUCACGUGUUUCACACCACAGUAUCCUGCUCCAAUUAGGAGGGCUUGCCACUUGAUGGUUGAAAACCCUUGUGUGGAAAAGCUACAGAAAGAUACUCCUACGAGGGGGAAAAUGGCAGGAUAUCAAUGAUGGUAAAGAAUUUGACCAUAAGAGAACUAUUUACUGUGUAAUUGCUAUUCAGCUAUGGAUCCAUGUUAGGACAAUGGGACUGAAUUUACUGCAUGUAUUUUUGCCUUGAGGAGCUGGGGUCUUUUUUCCCAGUGUUAAGAACAGCCUCAUGUGUGCUCUGGUGCCACCCACUGGCCAUAGAUGGAAUUCAGUUUUUGGCUUAAUUUUCUCCUAAAAUAGAUUUCCAGACUGUAUUAUAAUUGAAUAUGUAAAAAACAAAAAUAAAAACAAAAACUUUGCAUAUGUAAGAUUCUGUUUUUCUCAUAACUCUACUAUAUGGAAACAGCAUGAGAAUGAUCUCAGACAUGCUUUGCAACAAGGUUUUAAUUAGAAUGUAAAUUGUUAAUUAUGCUGUACUUCCUAUGUAUGUAUAAUUUUCAUAAAGUAUUUUGUAAAAACCCUUAGAAUAAAUUAUUAUAUGAUUUU